AUGUCAACCGAACUGAAAGCAAACACAACUAACGCGUAUGAAAGCGCCACAGCCACCACAAGUAUCCCUACUAAAUCUCCACAUGAUGAAAGGAAGAACUCAAACCAUGAUCAACGGAUGCAAUCGCAACAACAGCAGCAGCAACAACAACAACAGCAACGUCAACGGUUUAUUGGUAAGUAUUUAAUCAGCUCAGAAAUAGGUAAAGGUUCAUUUGCAACAGUCUAUAAAGCCUACAAGAUAAACGACAACUCUGGGGGCAACCUUCACACAAGCAGCAUCAGUACUAGCACCAGCACAAGCACCAGCACAAGCUCAAGCCCCAGCAUAAGCACAAAUAAUAACAUUAUUGAUAAUAAUAGUAGUAUUACCAAUAGCAAAUCAUCUAUUCCCGUUGCCAUCAAGUCGGUCAAUCGAUCAAAACUAAAGUCUAAGAAAUUGCUUGAGAAUUUGGAGAUUGAAAUUCAAAUAUUGAAAACGAUGAAACAUCCUCAUAUUGUCAAGUUAUUGGACUACAAACAAACUGGAACACAUUUCCAUCUAGUCAUGGACUAUUGUUCAAUGGGAGAUCUAUCCUAUUUCAUUCGACGCCGGACCCAGUUGGUCAAGACACAUCCAAUCAUCUGUAGCUUAAUUGAAAGGUACCCUUCACCUGAAGGGUCGCACGGUUUAAAUGAAACUUUGGUGUUGCAUUUUCUACGCCAAUUAUCAUCGGCACUCAAAUUUCUUAGAGACAAGAGUUUAGUACACAGAGAUAUCAAACCUCAGAACUUAUUACUAUGUCCUCCGGUGCAUUCAAGGGAUGAGUUUGUCAGGAAUCAGUUUGAAGGAAUGUGGGAGUUGCCAAUUUUGAAAAUUGCUGACUUUGGGUUUGCUAGGUUUCUCCCUUCUACAUCAAUGGCUGAAACCUUAUGUGGAAGUCCCUUGUACAUGGCUCCUGAAAUAUUGAGGUAUGAGAAAUAUAAUGCCAAAGCAGAUUUAUGGUCGGUUGGAGCAGUGUUGUAUGAAAUGACAGUUGGUAAACCUCCGUUCAAAGCCAAUAACCACAUUGAAUUAUUAAAAAACAUUGAAAAGGCAAACGAUAAGAUCAAAUUUCCUUCAGCGGCUCAGGUUCCAGAUGCCUUGAAGCAGUUAGUUCGGUCCCUCUUAAAGUAUAAUCCCACUGAAAGGAUUUCAUUUCAGGAGUUUUUCAAUGACAAUUUGAUUACUUGUGAUUUGGAGGACACUAAUAAGCCAUUGGAGACAUCUGAAAUUGACGAAAACUUAUUCAUAAGCGAAUAUAUUAGCCCAAUAAAGAAAUCAGAGAGAUCACGGUUAAUCCAACCUAUGACUGCUAUAAACAGCAGUGAGCCUAGAGAGGAAAUGAGGAUGAACAGACUAUCAGGGCAAGAGCAAGAGCAAAUGCAAGAGCAAAUGCAAGAGCAAAUGCAAGAGCAAAUGCAAGAGCAAAUGCAAGAGCAAGAACAAGAGCAAGAACAAGAACAAGAACAAGAACAAGAGCGCAAAGAGAAUAAUAAAUAUGGUAUAGAGUUUUCUUCAGAAGGGUUCUACCAAAAAGGAGACAACAUAGUAGUUGAAGACGAGUCUGUUGAAAAGACAAUGCUGCCCUCAAAGGCUGGUAAUUUCAAUCGCCCAGUUUCUGAAGUACAGAAUGAUGAAGAGAUAAAACGGCUUAUUUACAAAUCAAGUCCCGUUCCAGAACAACUAUCUAAAUCUAUCAAUACUUCUUCGCCAAACAUGAAGGUCCGGAGGGAUGAGGUUAUUGUAGAGAAUGAUUACGUUGUUGUUGAAAAACGAGCAGUCGAAGUCAACGCUCUAGCUGAUGAACUAGCACAUACUGGAAGUGGUGCAAUAGCAAUACAUGACCCUAGAUUUACUCUGUCUAACACAGCAAAUACAGAUAGUGGCAACAGCAACAAUAGCAACAAGACCAACCUGCUUCAACAACAACAUCAUCAUCAUCAUCAACAACUGCAACUGCAACUGCAACAACAGGUAAAAUCAACACGUCGAACAUCUCUGAGCGGAAGUCAAAGAAGGCCUAGUUUUGGCGACAGAAGAAUAUCUAUAUCUAUAUCGCCAACAAGUGCUUUGAGCAAGGCCAUUGGUAUUGCGUCGCAUAGAUUAUUUGGAGCAGGAAAUGAUUCACAGAAUGUCAACAAUCAAAAGAUCGAUAAUGAAACACAAACCUUGCAUACUCUGCAUACUCCGCAUGCCUUACAAGCACCACAAGACAAGAUCUCCGAUCCAAUCUCAAAUCCAGAAUUUGCAAAUCAUGCGCUUUUGCAAAGACUAUACCUUCCAACUUCAGCAACUGUCAUCAACAAUAACGAUUCGCUAGGUCUCCAGGGCUCGAACUAUUCCUCCUAUGCUUCAUCUUCUUUGGAGCCAUCGAACAAGGAAGAAGUGGUUUUAUUCAAAUUGGAGACACUUGCAACCAAGGCGCAUGCAAUCUACUUAUUUGCAGAUGUCAAGUUUAGCCAGUUAAUACCCAGCCCACCCUCUUGGGAUGAGAUAAACAGAGAUGCUGAUGGGGAAUCGCUUCCUCCGAGGAUCAUCAAAUCCAUAAGUGAAGAAGGUAUGGCACUCUACAUGAAAUCUUUAUCACUUUUAGCCAAAGGUAUGUCCGUUGCUAGUGAUUGGUGGUACGAACAAUUUGGAGGAAGUGGUGCUUCGGCUCAAUCUCGAACCAAUGCUGAUCUAGUAUUGUCGCGUAAAAUCAAUCAGUUGGUCCAAUGGAUCCGAGAAAAGUUUAAUGAAUGCUUAGAAAAGGCCGAAUACGUAAAGCUAAGAUUCCAAGAGGCUCAGUCCAUUCUAUCCGCUACCGACAAUGACUACUAUCGGGAUCAUUUGGAUACUCCACAAGUAGUAGCAGAAAAAUUGAUCUUUGAUAGAGCAUUGGAAAUGUCAAGAAAUGCAGCAGUUAACGAGUUGGUGAAGGAGGACUUGAAAGGUUGUGAAUUGGCUUAUAGUACUGCCAUUUGGAUGUUGGAGGCUCUACUUGAUGAGGAAGAAGAUCCCGAUACAAAUAGCACCAUUCGCAGGCUUGAUGAAGAUGAUCGACAAAUGGUGGAGAGAUUCAUCAUCAGUAUUGGAAAUAGAUUGUCAGUAUUAAAGAGAAAACUCGACCUACUUUAA